AUGCAAACUAUUGCUGAGCUGAAUAAAGAACUAAUCAAGCAAACUGAAUUGAACAGACACCUGAUGACUGAAGUAGAUUUCGAAUCAGCUGUCGAGGAAUGGCUACAGAAAGAUAUACAGGACCUGGAAAUAAGCAAACAAAACAUGUUGAAAGUCAUCGAAAGUCUCUCCCAGGAGAACGAAUUGUUCACAACUGAACUCAGAGAACUGAGAAAUAAAAAUGAUAUCAUGAAAACAAAAAGUGAAAGAACAUCGAAUACUAUAAGAGAUGAAAUUUUGGGUACCGAAAGGAAGAAAUUUGAAUCUAUAACAAAGGAAGAGAAAAAGAGAAAUGAUAAUCUGAAGGAGGAGUUGAAAACUCUGCAGUUCAUAAAUGACAACUUUGUCAAAGAGAUGUCUUUCCUUAUAGAGGCGAAUGAAAGAUUAUAUCAAGAAAUCAAGAGACUGGAAAAACAGUUGAAAUCUUUGCAACAGUAUGAAAGAUACACGGAUGUAGUUGGAGGUGAAACAGUUUACUCACAAAAGCUUGAACCAACCAAAAAGUGA